AUGAAAUAAUCAGAUUUAAAAUUAGUAAUCGAAGUGUUUAGACACGGUGCUAGGUAUCCUAUAUAUGAUGUAUAUGAUGCUCCUUAAUAAAUAUAUUAUUUAGGAUAAUUAACAUCUGUAGGUAUGCGUUAACAUUUUUAAUUAGGUUAAAUUCUUAGGUAAGAAUAUAUAAUCGAAAGGAAAUUUUUACCUUAAAAUUACGAUCAUAAUUAAUUAUAUGUUGUAUCAACAGAAUCUAAUAGGUUAAAAAUAAUUUAUAUAAUCAAUAUUUAUUUUUUAUAAAAAAAAAGAACAUUAAUGUCUGCGUAAUCCUAAUUAGCCGGAUUAUAUCCUUUAAAUUAUGGAUCAUAAAUAGAAAAUUCAAUAUUAAAAAGUCCAGAAUUAAUGAAAAAAAUAUUAACACCUCCAUUCGAAUCAAUAAUUUAGUAAAUAUAAGAUUAUAAAAAUUAUACUAAUUACGCACUUCCAUAAGGACAUUAACCUAUUCCAAUAAUUAUAAAUAAUAAAAUUUUGAAAGCUUAUACAACUUCUAAUUGCCCUUAAUAAAAAUAUUGGAUGUAAGAGAAUUCCAAAAGUGAUGAUUGGAAAAGAAUAAAAGGCCAUUUUUAAAAUAGUAUAGAUAAGUUUUGUAAAAUAUUAGGUUUAAAUAUUGAUUAAACAGGCUUUGAAGAAGUACAAUUAUAUUUGGACACAUUUAUUUCAGAUAAAUUCUAGAAUAGAAAAAUUGUAUAAUAAAUAGAAGAAGACUAAGAACUUUGGAAUGAUUUGAAUUUAAUUUAUACUAUUUUACCUCAUUUAUAAUUAUAUAAAAAACCUGAAUAAAAAAAGGCUGUUGUAACUCCUUUUUUUAAAUAAAUCAUAAAGAAUUUCGAAGAUAAUAUUAAAUAAAAAAGCACAUAUAAAUGGUAUAUGAAUUCUGCACAUGAUACUACUAUUGAAAUGAUUUCUUAAGGAUUAAAUUUAACAAGUUGGGAAUGUAUGGAAAAGGCUAAAUUAGGUAUUUUAGAAAAUAACUCUAUUUGUAUUUAUACUUAUCCAGGAUUUGCAUCAAACAUUAUAUUCGAAAUGUACGAAAGUUAGAAUUUAGAAAGGUUUAUUAUGGUUAGAUAUAAUGGAACUUAUUAAAGAAUAUGUGAUCAAACAAGUAUUUAUUGUAAUUAUGAUGUUUUUAAAGAUUAUUUAUUAAACUCGGUUGUUGAAGAUUAUGAUUAGGUUUGUGGAUUAAUCGAUAAAUAAAUUUAGGUUUAUAAAACACCGACUUCUACACUUAUUUUGUUGUAUUUUUUAGGACUUUUAUGUUUAGUAUUUUUAGCUUAUUCUAUUUAUUUAAGAAUUAGAAUAAGAGAAUAUCUAAAGAAUAAUAUGGAUAAAUAAAUUGAACAUAUUAAGUUUGAAGAUAUUACAUGA